AUGGCAUCAUCAUCGCACCAUGACCACACUCCUAAUCCCGUCCUCUAUAUCGGCAACCCCUUAGCCCACGCUCAUACCAAUUCCUCCAACUCAAUAUACUUUGCCCCCUUUGCUGGUGCUCUCCAGCCCGGUCUGUAUCGAGCUCCCAAGAAAAACAUAGCGAAUCCUGCACCUUUAGGACUUGCUGCUUUUGCAUUGACGACAUUUGUAUUGAGCUUGAUAAAUUGGCAUACGAGAGAUGUUUCGGAGCCGAAUAUUGUGGUUGCGUUGGCUUUUGGGUAUGGUGGGUUGGUUCAGUUAUUGGCGGGGAUGUGGGAAAUGGCAGCCGGAAACACGUUUGGUGCCACGGCAUUAAGUUCCUACGGAGGAUUUUGGAUAUCUCUCGCGAUUAUCUUGACACCAGGUGGAUUUGGAAUUCAAGCCUCCUAUGAAAAUCCAGUACAUUUUUACUAUGCGUUUGGAUUUUUCCUUAUGGGCUGGUUCAUAUUCACAUUCAUCCUCUGGAUCCUCACCCUUCGCUCCACCGUCGUCUUCUCCUUUCUCUUCUUCAUGGUCGUUCUCACCUUCCUAAUGCUCGGUCUCGCCUACUUGUAUCCUGGAGAAGCAGGUCCAAAUGUGGCUUUCCAAAAAGCAGGCGGAAUGUUUGGACUCCUAGCAGCGUUUGCAGCGUGGUACGUGACGCUAGGUGGAUUGGCAGAUGAUUCGAAUAGCUUUUUCACGGUGCCAGUGUGGCAUUUCCCAUGGAGUGAUAAGGGGAGAGAGACGAGAAGGGAGAGGAGUGGAAGUUUGGAGGAAGGGAGUGUUGGAGGGAGGAGGAGCGAGGAACAAAAGAUCAGACAAGCGAGUGCUUAG